UUUCACCAGCACACGAAAAUCCACAAGGUUUUUCGGAGCUAAUCGCGAGCGGAGCGGCUGCGCUGUACGGAGCAUGGAAACGCCGCCGGAGGAGGGGGAAGCGAGCCGGCGUGCUCGUCAAGCUCAGGCAGCGCGGAUUUUGAACCCCGCUCCCAUCGAUCCAUCUUGCUAAUCUACGAUCUCUGCCAAACAAGAUGGAUGAACUUCUUCUCCUCACAAAGACCAACAAAACAUUUGCACGUUCUGCUGCGCUCUGCUUCACUGAAACCUGGCUCAGUGACCGCCAUCCAGAUCCCGCGCUACAUCUACCCGGCUUCCGCCUUCUCCGAGCCGACCGCGACACGGAGCUAUCGGGGAAAUCGAAAGGUGGUGGUAUUUGCUUCUAUAUCAACGAAGAAUGGUGCACUGAUGUCACGAAGCUCGACGCACACUGCAGCCCGGACCUGGAGUCGCUGUCUUUAAACUGCAAGCCAUUCUACUCGCCACAACCACGAACAGGACAUGAGACGGCUCUUCAAGCAGCAGAAGAUCAAGAAAGCUGCGGGGCCCGACAAAGUGUCCCCCUCCUGCCUGAAAGUCUGCGCUGUCCAGCUGGCUCUGGUCUUCACACAAAUCUUCAACAGAUCCCUGGAGCUGUGUGAGGUCCCAUCCUACUUCAAACAGUCUACCAUCAUCCCAGUUCCCAAGAAAUCGGCAAUAUCGGAAAUGAACGACUAUAGGCCUGUCGCCCUGACGUCUGUGGUCAUGAAGUCCUUUGAACACCUUGUGCUGAACCACCUAAAGAACGUCACCGGACCCCUGUGGACCCUCUCCGGUUUGCCUACCGGGCAAACAGGUCUGUGGAAGACGCAGUCAACAUAGGUCUGCACUACAUCCUUGAGCACCUCGACAGCACAGGGACCUAAGCAAGAAUUCUGUUUGUGGAUUUCAGUUCUGCAUUCAGCACCAUCAUCCCGGAACUCGUCACUCCCAAACUUCUCCACCUCAGUGUGUCCCCUACGAUCUGCCAGUGGAUCCUCAGCUUCCUGACGGGACGGACACAACAGGUGAGACUGGGAGCAACAACAUCAUCAACACGCACCACCAGCACUGGAGCCCCACAGGGAUGUGUCCUCUCUCCACUGCUCUUCUCCCUCUACACAAACGAUUGCAUCUCAACAGAUCCAGCUGUCAAACUCAUAAAGUUCGCAGACGACACCACGGUCAUCGGUCUCAUCAAAGACGGCGACGAGUCUACGUACUGCUAACAAGUGUAGCAGCUGGAGCUCUGAUGCAGCCAACACAACCUCGGGCUGAACACGCUCAAGACUGUAGAGAUGAUCGUGGACUUCAGGAAACAUUCUUCUCCACAGUUGCCCCUAACACUAUCCAACUGCCCUGUGUCAACCGUCGAGACCUUCAAGUUCCUGGGAAUCACAGUCUCCCAGGACAUGAAGUGGGAGGUCAACACCAUCUCCAUCCUGAAAAGGGCCCAUCAGAGGAUGUACUUCCUGAGGCUGCUGAGGAAGCAUGGCCUGCCACAGUUCCAGUUCUACACGGCAGUCAUCGAAUCAAUCCUGUGUUCUUCCAUCACGGUUUGGUUUGGGGCCGCCACAAAAAAGGACAAAACCCGACUUCAACGGACAGUUAGGACGGCAGAAAAAAUCAUUGGCACCACCCUACCCACUCUUGAGGACUUGCACACUGCAAGAAUCCAGACAAGGGCAGAGAAAAUCCUCCUGGAUCACCCGCACCCUGCCCACCACCUUUUCCAGCUACUCCCCUCAGGCAGCCGCUACAGAUCCAUACGCACCAAAUCCAGCAGACACUUAAACAGCUUCUUCCCUCUAGCCAUUAACUCCCUAAACAGUCACGUAGUCAAUCUUCUUGUACUACAAAUACUGCUGCUGGUCACUCUAAAAUGGUUCAAUGAUUUUCUGCACCAACUGUACAAACAUCAUAUUGUAUUCUACCACUGAUCACUUUAGCUCUGCUUGAUACUUUGCACAUUGUCUCACUUACAUUACGAAAUGUCCUUGCAUACCUAUUUGUCAUGUCCUUGUUUACGAUGAUACUAAUGCAGCGUGUUAUACCGGAGACAAAUUCCUUGUGUGUUCUACAUACUUGGCCAAUAAAGAUGAUUCUGAUUCUGAUUCAAGUUCGUAUAAUCCUUGAGAAAUUACAGAGUGAAUUUUGUCUUCUUCAGGCUAAUUUGAUGGAAUAUUAUAAUGAUUGUUCCAGUUUCUGACCAGUUUCUCACUACUACUUCCUGAUAGUAGUCCCAGGAGAACAUUCCUGAUGGGACGACAACAACGUGAUUUCUACAACGAUUGCAAUUAUUAUUAUUAUUAUUAUUAUUAUUAAAUCAAUGUUGGUGAACUGGACUGACUCAGAUCUGCCAUGAAAAAGAAGAGAAAACUUA